AUGUCAUCCCCUGUCUCAACACCAAGCAUCAAAGCUCCGGACUCGCCAACAACAAAACCAAUCUCCUCGGGCCCUCCCACCGUCGACAUCCUCCCAACCCCCGCCGCCCAGACCUAUUCUCAUGUGCAUCCCGCGCUGCUCCUAGCCCUCUACGGCGUGCGCUUCCCAGCCCUGGUCGCCGACCCCGUGUCGACCCUAUUGACCGACUUACCCGUUUAUACCGCCCUGCAGGUGGCUUAUGCAGUGACGUGUCUACCACAGGCGGGCACGCAUAACGCACAUCCUGCUAAUCCCACCACCGAAGCCUCCCCAUCAACGCCUGGUACCAGCGGGGUAGUGAAAAGCGGGAAGACUGGGUACAGGAAGAAAAUCGGGCACGGGGGGUCGAAGGGUGAUGGGGUAUUCAAGAGACUCACGGCGUCAUUCCUCUCCCUAACACUAACUUUCCUCCUCGGCACGCCGGUCCUCGCCCUCCUCCUCGUCCUCUUCGGCGCCCCCUUCACCACGCACAACGCGCAUACAAUUCUGGCUGCCGCGCACAUGGCGCUGUUGGCGGUGACGCCGUUGGUGUAUGUGCACGGGGUGGAUGGUGUGGUGUGGAUGCAGGUGUGGGCGUUUUCGCGGCCGGCGGAUGCGGUAUGGGGAGGGGCGUUGGGGACCGGGGUGGGUGCUUGGUUGGGUGCUGUGCCGAUUCCAUUGGAUUGGGAUCGGCCGUGGCAGGCAUAUCCGAUCACGGUAUUGACGGGGGCCUAUCUGGGAUAUGCGGUUGGGCAAUUGAUUGCCAGGACUCCUCUUUUAUACGGGAAGCGGAUCCAGUUCAACAAGCCUUCUGAAUAG